GGUGCGCGCCGCCGGCGGCGGGAUGGGCGCGGACGAGGAGCUGAGCCUGCUGGUCAUCGUCAUCGACACCAACCCCAUCUGGUGGGGGAAGCGGGCGCAGGGGGAGGCUGAGUUCACCCUGUCAAAAUGUAUCGACGCAGCAAUGGUGCUGGGAAAUUCACACCUGUUCAUGAGUCGCACCAACAAACUUGCUGUGAUAGCCAGUCACACGCAGGAAAGCCGUUUCUUGUACCCUGGGAAGCGCUGGGCUUCUGCAGAUCUCCUUGGAGAUGGUGGCAGUUCUGUGGAAUCGAAUUGUUCUGGCAGCAAGGAUGGAAAAUAUGAAUUGUUAACAGCAAUAAACGAUGCAAUUGCAGAAGAGAUUAAAGACCUCAUGACAAAAACUGACAUGAUGGGCCAGCAAACAGAGACUCUGCUAGCAGGGUCUCUUGCUAAAGCACUUUGUUAUAUUAACAAGAUGAGCAAAGAGGUGAAAGCCAAUCAGGAAAUGAAAUCAAGAAUUUUGGUCAUAAAAGCUGCAGAAGACAGUGCAUUACAAUAUAUGAAUUUCAUGAAUGUGAUCUUUGCAGCACAGAAACAGAGUAUUUUGAUUGAUGCUUGUGUCUUGGACUCUGAUUCAGGCCUUCUACAACAGGCUUGUGACAUUACAGGUGGUAUAUACUUGAAAGUGCCCCACCUGCCAUCCCUCCUGCAGUAUUUGUUGUGGGUUUUUCUCCCUGAUCAAGAGCAAAGAUCACAGCUUGUGCUUCCACCUCCUGUUCAUGUUGAUUACAGAGCUGCAUGUUUCUGUCAUCGAAAUCUCAUUGAAAUUGGUUAUGUAUGCUCUGUGUGCUUGUCAAUAUUCUGCAACUUCAGUCCUAUUUGCAGUACAUGCGAGACUGCUUUCAAAAUAUCACUGCCACCUGUCAUGAAAGCUAAGAAGAAGAAAUUAAAGUUAGCUGUUUAAUGCGACUUAAACACACCAUUACCUCCUCCUGUAAUUCCGUGACGUGGAACAUACUUGAGAAAUUGAUGACACUUUUUAUGGGAUACGAAAUAGACCUGUAUGUGGUCUUACAGCUUACUUUGAUAAAGCAUUUAAGUCAUGUUUUCUGUGUAGUAACAAAUCACUGUAUUCACUGGUAAUCUGUGCUGUUUUAAAUACUGAUUAUUCGUUGUAUUUAGAACCAGAAGUUACAGGUUGUUAAGAUACAGAUCUUGCAAAGUUAGAAGUAUUCUUGCUGCUGCAGUUUCAAACCUCCAAAUUAUUUUCAAAGACAAGAAAGCUUUGAUUUUAAUCACAUGUUGGUGUAGAGGGGAGUUAUGACCACUGCCAAUGUCUGAAUCUCAGUACUGCUAUUCAAGGACUUCAGUGUUCUGUGAGCUCUCCGUGGCUGUCUGGGCACUGAAAUGGGGGCAGCUUCUGAAGAAGAAAGCCAAAUGUUUCAAGAUGGCUUAGGACACACCUUCCUGUUCAGGAUGUGAAUUCUGUGGUUACAUACAUGCUCACGUUGUCAUAAACUUUUAUUUCCUUUGUGCUUUUGGUUCUCUUGAAUAGCUGCUCCUCAGCAGAUGAAUAUCACUGGAACAGUAAUACGGAGGUACCCUUUCCAGGGGAGUUUAAGACCUCGUUUAUGUGUGAAAAGGGGCUUACUUUUGUAAAAUGACAUCGGUAAAUGUCCGUUAGGAGGUUAGUCUGCAGUGCUGUGCUUUGAAACUGGAAAGGUUUGGGAUCAAUGUGUUUUGUAUCCGAGUAUGAGGGUGUAUGGUGUGCUUCAUGUGCUGCUUUGGUUAAAAAAGCACAAAAUCAUCUGCCUGUGUGCAGCCAUGUCUGCGCAUCCAGCUGUGCACCUGGCUUCGGUCAGUGCGGCUGUUCUCAUCAGUGCCAUCCUUGUAGCCGGGAGCCAUUUUGUUAGAAGGCUGUAUCUAGAAUUCGCUUUCUACAAAACCUUUUGAAAUAAAGGCAGCUCUUUUUACAAA